AGAGGAAAGAGGGAGAGAGGACGUGACAUCCAGGCUUUCAUAACUCACUGUCCUACGUUUGAAAGUAUCUGAUUUCAUUAUUUUCUAUAAUUGAUUUCUAGCACAUCCAUUCUGAGGAAAAUGCUAGGAAAAAAUAUGCUAUUCCUGUGUAUCAGUGUCACUCUUUGUUGACAGUAAAUGACUUAGUCACUUUGUGGGGGAAAUAAAGAGGUUGAUUCAUGGCGAUGUGACCCUCUUGCCUCUUCUGGUUCCUUUUUUCUUGCUCUAUAUCAAGACCCACAGCCCUUGAGAAGUGUAUUUCUGCAUUCGAAGAAGAACUUGAGAGAAACCUGACACAGGACACAUGGGUAUCUGGACCUCAGGCACUGAUAUCUUCCUAAGUCUUUGGGAGACUUACGUGUCUCCAAGAAGCCCUGGAUGGAUGGGCUUUAUCCAGCAUUCGGGAGUUUGCUGUUUAGUUGCCCUUAUUUCAGUGGGCCUCCUGUCAGUGGCCUUUUGCUGGUUUCUUUCAUCAAUCAUAGCAGUUGCUGUCUCCUGGAUUAUCACAUGUGUUCUGCUGUGUUGCUCCAAGCAUGCACGAUGUUUUAUUCUACUCGUCUUUCUCUCUUGUGGCCUGCGUGAAGGCAGGAAUGCUUUGAUUGCAGCUGGCACAGGGAUUGUCAUCUUGGGACAUGUAGAAAAUAUUUUUCACAACUUUAAAGGUCUCCUAGACAGUAUGACUUGCAACCUAAGGGCAAAGAGCUUUUCCAUACAUUUUCCACUUUUGAAAAAAUAUAUCGAGGCAAUUCAGUGGAUUUAUGGCCUUGCCACUCCACUAAGUCUAUUUGAUGACCUUGUUUCUUGGAACCAGACCCUGACAGUCUCUCUUUUCAGUCCCAGCCACAUACUGGAGGCACAGCUAAAUGACAGCAAAGGGGAAGUCCUGAGUGUCUGGUACCAGAUGACAACCACGACAGAGGUGUUGUCUUCCCUGGGUCAGAAACUACUUGCCUUCACAGGGCUUUUGCUCGUUCUGCUUGGCACUGGCCUCUUCAUGAAGCGAUUUUUGGGCCCUUGUGGUUGGAAGUAUGAAAACAUCUACAUCACCAGACAAUUUGUUCAGUUUGAUGAAAGGGAGAGACAUCAACAGAGGCCCUGUGUGCUCCCGCUGAAUCAGGAAGAAAGGAGGAAAUAUGUCAUCAUCCCGACUUUCUGGCCAACUCCUAAAGAAAGGAAAAACCUGGGGCUGUUUUUCCUCCCCAUACUUACCCAUCUCGGCAUCUGGGUGCUGUUUGCAGCUGUAGAUUAUCUGCUGUAUCGGCUCAUUUUCUCAGUGAGCAAACAGUUUCAAAGCUUGCCAGGGUUUGAGGUUCACUUGAAACUGCACGGAGAGAAACAAGGAACUCAAGAUGUUAUCCAUGAUUCUUCCUUUAAUAUAUCUGUCUUUGAGCCCAACUGUAUCCCGAAACCAAAAUUCCUUCUAUCUGAGACCUGGGUUCCUCUCAGUGUUAUUCUUGUGAUAUUAGUGAUGCUGGGACUGUUGUCCUCUAUCCUUAUGCAACUUAAAAUCCUGGUGUCAGCAUCCUUCUACCCCAGCGUGGAGAGGGAACGCAUCCAAUACCUGCAUGCAAAGCUGCUUAAGAAAAGAUCAAAGCAGCCGCUGGGAGAAGUCAAAAGACGGCUGAGUCUCUACCUUACAAAGAUUCAUUUCUGGCUUCCAGUCCUGAAAAUAAUUAGGAAGAAACAAGUGGGCAUAGCAAGUGCAGACAAGCCAUGAGAGACCCCAGGUACUCUUCAGCCACGUCGCAUCAGCAGUUCUCAGGUCUAUGAAGGCAGUCACUAUUCAUGCUGGAUAACAGAGAACGACAUGGUCUUCUCAGGAGCCUGAGUUUGCAGACCCACCUUGCAGAACCUGGUUAUGCCUCCUUUCAACUCAAAGCCAAAGAGCUGCCAGAUGAAUGGUUAUGUGGUCUGUCUUCCAGCCAAACCACAUGAUCUGACCUGUGUCACAAUGUUACAGCACUUUAGCUGGGUCCCCUGAUGGUGAGUUUCAGCAUAAAAUAACGUUCAAAGGAAAGAAAACAAUAACAAUUGAAAUCUCUACCACAGCCUCGCAAGCAGAUGC